AUGUCAGAGGAUGAGUUGGUCUUCUAUGCGAAAGCGGGCUUCGACGGGAAAAGUGGCGGUGCGUGUCCGUUCUGUCAACGGUGUCUGCUGCUGUUGCACCUCAAGGGACUCAAGUUCGGGGUCGUCUACGUGAAUCUGGCGCGUCCGCCGAAGGAUUUCAGGAGUCGGGGGUUUUCGCGGGUCCCGGCGAUAUGGGACGGGGAGCAGGGACUCGACACCCCGGACGACAUCGUCGCUUACGUCGACUCGCACUGGCCGAAGCCCGACCUGUCGUGCGACGACCCCGAGGCCGAGAUCGCCGUCAAGAAUCUCUUCUCCCGUUUCUGCUUCUUCGUGAAGGAGGUGAGCAAGGACUCCGGCCCCCUGCGGACGGAACUCGAGCGGUUCGACGCCUACCUGCAACGCGGUAAGCACCGGUUCGUCCGCUCCGACGACCUGUGCCACCUGGACUGCGAGGUCCUCCCGAAACUCCACCACCUUCGAGUCGCCCUCGCCGCGUUGAAAGGGUUUCAACUCUCGAGCGGACUCAGCGGGAUCUGGCGGUAUCUGCACGCCGCGUACUCCAACGACGCGUUCGUGAAGACGUGCCCCUCCGACCAGGAAAUCGUGUUGCACUGGGCCGACCGACCCGACACGCCCAAUCUCAGUCGCGAGAAGCAUGCUCUUUUGACUCGCCAGGAGCCCAAAUUCUCCUUCGAUGUCCCUGCGUUCGCCAAGCCCAUGCUUCUCAGGGACUAA